AUGGCUUAAAAACUCCUUAAAAAAAAAAGUAAAUAACAAAACAAAAAUUCAAACAAGACUGACAAACCAAAGCAUAAAAUCAAAAAGAAUAAACCUUAGACAUUAUAUAAUAAAAUGGUAACUGAGGAGAAUACCAAAAUCACAAAAACCAUAAAUAAAAAUAUUGAAGAAUAAAUGAUGGCAAAGGCAAGACUUAACUAAGAAUCAUUUAAGUUAUUGAAAACCAAAGAAGAAUAAAAGAAAAUAGCAAAGGAAGCAAAAAAACAAGCAUGA